UUUAUAUUUUUACUUUUACGCUUCACAGCCACGCUUAAGAUAGCAAGAUCUUUAGAAUGCUACAAAUGCAAUGAGAGCUGGUCAGCGACAAUGUGCUUUAAAACUUCCCGGAUCGAAACCUGUCAAUAUGGACCUAAGUCUGUCUGCAUGGCUGUUGAUGCCUCGGUAACAAAUUUGAAAGGAGAGAAAUCGGUUCUCUUCGUAAGACAGUGCGCAUCUAAAAAGGAAUGUCAUUCCUCACAGCCGUGCAAUGAUAUAAAACUUCACUUGUGGAAGGAGAAGCCAGGUCUGCUAGUCGAGCCUAACUGCCGCCCACAGUGUUGUUCUUCUAAUUAUUGCAAUCAUCCCGUACCAACUCCUAAUCUACGGAAAUCAAGCACUCGCAAAAUUCUCCCAACUGCAAUUUCACGUAAGUCUCCAAAAAAGUGCUUCAAAUUGGAACCAGAGUUCGUUUCAAAGCCGAAUCAUGUAAGUCACCCACUAGAGAAAAACUGCUCUACAAACGAUGAAUCUGAUUCUUGUUUUACAUUGCAAGCACAGGUGUUAGAGGUGAAUACAAGGGAAGUUCUUAAAAUUGCAGAAUGGAAAGAUUGCGCAACAGAGAGCCGUGACUGCCGUGAAAUCGACAACAGGUGUACCAUGCUGCGGGAGCUGGCGAUGAGCCUGGGAGCUGAUGUAGGAAAUUGUAAUGUUAAAUGCUGUAAAGAAGAUCUUUGUAAUGCUUUUAUGGCAGCCAGUUUUCCAACCUUUAACCAAUUGGAGAUUAUAGCUAAUCGUGCUCGAAGUACCGGGAAAUGCGAACAGUCUCUUUUGCUUAAAGUUCUUCUUGUCUCAGUGUUGGUACUCAGAGUGUAAAAUGAACAGAUCUAGACCAAAUGUUUUUCAAAUUUGAGGCCGUAGUGAUAAUGAAUUCAUUUCAAAUUGACGACAACGUUAAAAUUAGCUAACAGCCCCGCAUAAUUCUUAAAUACCUAAAAAAGGCUUUGAAACUGUAAAAAAGGCUAAACUUAACUACAACACCAAAUCAAAUUCGUCAGCUAUAACCUGAACCGUUUCACAAUUCAAUAGUACAUGGAGGGGUUUUCGAUACCCAAUUUUCCGUUAUUAUUAUCGAUAAUGUUUCAAUUUUUUCCACAUAUAAAUUAUUAUGCACGAAGGGAUGGGAACUUAUCGGACUAAUGAAAAAGCGGUGAAAUCGCGCUGGGAGGCGAGUUACCGUAUUAGAGUACCAGCUUCAUACUACUAGUCCACUACUGCACAACUAGUCUUAUAACCAGUUUUCACUCACAGUUUUGUUUCGUCUUUGUUAAGUAAAAUUGAUGCAAUUAUUGUAGCGCAUCUUUCGAGACAUUUCAGUUCUAUACCGUGGCAACCGUCACUGGAGUGUUACUGUUGUUAAUGGUUAAAUGACGACCUUGAAUCGACGCACUUUUACGUUCGCAUGCUACUGAGAGAAUGCUGAAACUGAGUCCCCGUUUCAACGAUCCAGUCAGUCCGCUUCAAAACACAAAAUCGAUGAAAAAGGUGAAAGCUCCCAAGAAAGGACAUUUGAGAAAGCCUUGUCUAUGUUUUACAUGUGGAUAUCUUAUCAACAGAGCGGGUUCGGGUCUCAAUGUGCCUCAGCCAGAUUCAAACACCCUUGUUCCUCCCAGGCAUUGUUUUCCCAUUUUUAUUUAUUUAUUUAUUUAUUUAUUUAUUAUUUUUUAUUUUUUAUUUUUU